ACCAGCCAGCCAUAGACAGAGGCUUUUGUUCCACAGAGCAGCAAAGAGGUUUUUCAUACGUUCGUGUCUUUUAUCCAGAUAUCUAAGAAGAAGAAGAAAAAAAUCCAAGACACUUCCGUGGGCGUCCUUAAAGUAGCAGGAAGUUAUCUGGGCUCCGUGGUCGGCGAUUGUUGGUGUUUUUUUUUUUUUGGAUGUGAGAAGUGUGUUGUAGGUACGAGUGCUGCUGUGUUCGAGAAGGUGCGCGAGAUCAGUUCAAAGGGAGAAGAAGAAGCAAAGUAGCAAUUGCAAACAAGGGAGGUGCCCUUGACAGAAGCGCAGAGAAAGAAAAGUGGAUUUGCAGAAAAUCGGAACGCCAUUGUUUUUUCCCUGGUUUUUCCUGGAGGUCAGUGUGCGAGAAGUUUUGUCCAAGCUGUGGGAAAAGGUUAGGCAAAAAACAACGACGCACAGUGUGUUAGGCAACGCCAGGACCGCCCAGCAGGAGCCCAAUCUUUCAGUCGAAGCAACUUGAACCCGAGGAAAAAAAAAAACGAUGACGCAGUUUUUGUUUUGAUCAAUUUCAUCUUUUUCGGGGCUUUUUCCUUCGGAACAACAGAGAAAAAAUAUGAAUGUUGAGUGCACAGUAAGAGAAAUCGCAACUGAAAAUGUCCGCCGAUUCCCAGCGUCGUUCAGCGUCCAGCACGGCUGCUGCUGCACGCUGCAUGCCGGCGAUCGUGCCCCCGCAGGCCGUUAGUGAUCGGUCGAUCAUCGACAGCGUGGCUGGGUUCAUCAACGACGUGACACUGCAGACGCAGGCCCCCCAGGGCGACGUGAAGGAUCACAUCCUGUGGGCUAGGUUCGAGAAUGCUGCCGACAUUAGCGAUCCCUGCCUCGGGGAUGACUGGGAGCUAGAGGGUGGUAUUGCACCGCCACUGCUGCUAAUCCUGGGCUAUGUUACGGGGAUUCAGGUGUGGAUCAUCCCAGCCAACGGGGAGGCGAUCGAGGUGCUCUCCUGGCGCCACGGCAGCGUCAAAUGCUUGCGAGUUUUACCGACGCCAUCGGCCGGAGACGGUGAAUCGGCCACCGAACCGAACGAUCAGUUUCUCCACAAGCGGCCCUUGAUUGCGCUGUGCGAUUCGGCUACCAGUGGGAUUAUUGGCAGCGGGGGCAGCCUCACCAGUGGUAACCAAUCGCAGUACUGCUCGGUUAACUUCAUAUCACUCAAGGACGGGGAAAAUGUGAAGAGCAUCAAAUUCAAGAACCCAAUUGUGGACAUUCUCGCGAGCCGAUCGUCGGUGGUGGUGACAUUUACGGAACGGAUUGCGAUUUUUGAUGCACGCACGUUGGAAGAUCGGUUGACCGUUACCACGUGUCAUCCGAGCCCGGGAUUGAGUUCGAACCCGGUAGCGCUGAGUUCACGCUGGAUCGCUUAUGCCGAGAAGAAGCUGCUUGCGUCAAAGCGUUCCAGUGGCGGCUGUGAUGGCGAUGGAGUCACCAGCUAUACUGCUACCGUAUUGAAUGCUGCAAAAAGCCUAGGGAAAGGCUUGCGAGAACUGGGCGAACAGAUGGCGGCUGGUUUAACCGGGGGCAGCCAUUCGGGGCCCAAUUCGAUCAGCGGUAUUGCAGGUGCUUCUGGUACGGCAGUUGCAGGUGGAGGCAAUCAGCCAGGAAUUGUCACGAUACUUGAUAUCAAGUAUCCGAUAAAGGAUCUAAGCCCGACCACGGGCACACCAAUUGCCAGCACUGGCAACGAUCCAAUGAUAGCCCAUUUUGUGGCCCAUUCGGAAGCGAUCGUAGCCAUGCAGUUUGAUGCUUCGGGCAUGCUGCUGCUGACGGCGGAUAAACGUGGCCAUGAUUUUCACGUUUUUCGAAUUCAUCCACACCCGAGUGGACCCUCGCUUGCCGCGGUGCAUCAUCUGUACAUUUUGCACCGUGGUGACACAACCGCCAAAGUGCAGGACAUUGCAUUCUCGCUGGACUCACGAUGGGUGACGAUUUCUACGUUGCGAGGAACAUCCCACGUCUUUCCGGUGACACCGUACGGUGGCCCCGCUGGGGUACGCACCCACGGAUCACCCCAUGUUGUAAAUAGACUAUCCAGAUUUCACCGCUCGGCUGGCCUGUCAAUCGAUGGGAGAUCCAGCAGCCCCGUUUCUCACCUGGAGCACCCUUCGUCACACAUGCCGACAUCCGCCUAUGCCAACCCCAGGAUUCCACCGUUUCCGCACCCGACGGUGGUCCAACCACUCGCACAACUUCGCCAGCCAUCGAGUCUCGGUACGCAGUCUAGCGGCAGUACCGGCAGCAAAAGCACCAGCACCAGUGGCCGCCAGCGAAAUUCAUCUUCUUCCUCGUCGGAUGAUCUCGUCAAACCUUUGCGCGUGUGUGCCACGUUCGCAAAGGCACGUUCCUGGCUGCUAGAUCCGCCGGGUUCGGCCCGCGAUACCCCGGCACACCGGAUGCAGCGGAAACCGAUGGAUUCACUGUUCAUCAUCGCUGCCCACGGUGCGCUGAUUCAGUACGAUCUGGAGCCAAAGCAUGCGGCCAAUAUCCCCAAAGAAAAAGUUUGCGACGACACGCCCAUCGAGUUGGAGGUGGAAGCGAAGGCACAGUGGACGCUCCAGCGGCAGGAGAGCUCAGUAAGCGGAGACAUUCAACCUCCCCUUCCGGUGGAUAAUUGGCUGAUUAAGGAUCGCUUUCUGGAGGAAGUCAGCGGAGCUGAUACAGGUGGUGACUAUUCUAGCAUUGAUCUGCAUCAUCGUGGUGGUGGCGGCUCCGGUGAUCAUCGAGGUAGUUCGAGCAGCAUCGAUCACGACGAUCGCUGGCUGUCGCAGGUGGAAAUCAUCACGCACGCUGGACCACAUCGUAGACUCUGGAUGGGACCGCAGUUUAUGUUCAAGACAUAUAACACACCUAGCGGAUCACCUCUUACGUCGAUCGACACUGACUCAGUGGAGAUCGGUGCUGGCACUACGAUAAACCGGCCGGCACGUUCGAACCCGAUGAAUAUGCCCAUUUCUGGAGGUAUGAGGCCAUUGGUACCCGUACUCAUUGAAUCUGGAUCAUGUAGCAGCUACGAGCAAAGCCCCCGGAUGAUCAACAUGACGGAAUUUCGUCAUCACGAAAACUUGGACACCGAGUUUGCCUCGCUGGGCCCGGUAGAGUCGCAGUUGCGCGAAGAUCUUGCCGAUGCCAUGCGUGAAUCGCCUCUCAUCUCCAGCGGACGAGACACGACAGGCUACACGUGCGCCACGCCCAUCCCGGCCGGGUUGUCUUCGGUGUCCUCUUGCUCCUCCACCUCGAUCUACUCGUCGACGCACUCGUUGAAUUCGAUCUGUGACCAUAAGCUGCCCCCGUCGAUCACGACCCUUGCCCAGGGCGUUCCGGUAAAACAUCACCAGCAUUACCACCUGCAGCAACAAGACCAGCGCUCGUCCUCCCUUCCGACGAGCUGCUCGAGGCCGGCCUCUGCAGCCAGUAGCCGGGCCUCGGGCUCGAUAACGAUCGCAAAAGUCGUUAAUCCGCUGGGAACCGUCACAACCGUUUGUAAUGUGGAUUCGGAGGGUCCGGAUCCCGAUGCGGAAGCUCGAACGGCUCGAGAUUGUGACGCUUAUAUGCACGAAAAUUGCGACGAGGCACUCUUCCGACCGGUGGUUACGGUUCAUGGACUUUCCGGACCAGAGCGUGAUCUUUGCGGUUCCUCGCUGGAUCGAAUCACCUCGGCACAAACGUCCACCGAGGAACCCCCGUCGAUGAUCGGUCGUGAACUGAUUGUUCCGGUUAUCGAGGAGAAAAACAUGAUCUACUUUAGUAAGGCUAAAAACAAGGACGACGAAAAUGUGGCCAAGUUUGAGGAGUUGUCCUCCAUCAACAGGAAGAGCAAGAAAGAGGUGGUUGCAAAACCUAGCGAGGGAGAGUUUGUAACUAUAGAGGCACCGCAGCAGUGCAAACCGGUGGAGGAACCGAAAGUGACGGGCAGCAAACGAAAGGAGAAAACACCCCCGAUGGUAUCAUCAGCCUCAGCCACGAAAAGCGAUCGAAAAAAGAAGACUCAAUCCGAGCCGAUCGAAGUUAUCGAAUUGCCCGACCCGGGCCAAAAAGAAGUGGAGCUUCCGCCAGCGGAAAAACCUGUACGCAACCGGAAGAAAGAGAAUGGCAAGAAGAAGGACGAUCCGAAACCGGUGCAGAAGCAGAAGCAACCUACCCAAGCGGAGGCGAAAUCAACGAGAACGAGCGGCGGCAAUGCCAACAACAACGCGGGUGUCAAUAACAAUAGGAAAGAAAACAAGCAAGACAAUCGCCGGCGAAAAGAGCAAACGCCGCAGCCUCCUCCGCCAGUCCCAGCUCCACCGCAACCGAAGCCGGAACCCGAAGAAGUAGUUCAGCCUCUGACGGUUCAGCCACGUCCCGUAGAUGAAGAACUUCUGAAAUCUAUCUGUGACGAUUUUCCACCCCUGGAGGCACUCAAAAUUGAUGAUUUGGAACUGUUUGGCGAGUCAAAUGAGCCGGAAAAUUUAAAACUGACUCGCACGGAAAUUAGCGUUCAGGAAUCGAUGCUGGCUAGUGGUGAACCGGUGGAGCUGGGAGAUGGUGAAGGAGAAACUGCGUUAUCUCGCGUAGAUAGGGAAAAAAGUGUGGAAGAGCCGGACGUGAUGUGUGUGCGGGAAGUUCUAUGUGAGGACGAACCGAAAGUGGUGGUGAAGGAGGAAAAGUUUUACGAUCCAUCUGGGAGGUAUGAGUUGGAGUUUCCGGAACCAUUGCCUCCGCUGGAGCCGUUCGUGUGUAAAGAUUUCGAAGAUUUGGGCUUUAAUGAGAGUGUGAAGGAAAAGCUGCUGAAGCAACCGAGCGAGGAGCGGACUCUGAUUAGCUUCGAGAGUCCACAGCAGGAGGACGCUAAGGAGGUGGUUGCCCUCGCAAAGAAUAGAUCCCUGCUAGAGGAGAGGAAUAUUGUUUUCGCCAUGUGCUCCAGUUUGCGCGAUGCGAGCUUGUCCGGUGGGAUGGGAGAAUCCAGUUGCUCGCAGCAGUUGGGAGGAAGUAGAAGUCUUUCUUCGUCCAUGAUGCAAUCGGGUCCGGUUGUUUUGAGACAGCAGUUGUCUGUCGAGGGGCAAGACUCGGACUACAAGAGUUUGGAGCUGGACAUUGACGAUACGGCGAUGUUCAUGUCUAGGCUUCCGGUAUCGUCGGCAUCGGAUGAAGAGACGUCCAAUUCCAAUAACGACGAGGCUGACGAAGAGUCCAAGGUCUCCCGUAGGACACAUCUGCGCACCGGUGAAGAUGAGGACGAAGAACUGGAGCCGUUGAUCUCGAGCAAUAAAACGUCAUCUUCAUCACUGUCGACUACGGUUGUCGGUUCCGCCGCCCCGAGUGCCAGUGGGCCAACCGAUAGCCUAAGCAACUCCAUGACUACUUCCGGCAUUGUGGCAGCAGCAGCCGAAAGUCCGGCCAAGACAUCAUCAACAAUAACAACAACAACAACAUCAGCACUGCCAACGACAGAAGCGAACCAAAGUGAGCAAAGCGACAAGCAGACAACGGCGGAAGCAGCAGCAGCAAAGCAGUCCAACAAUGGUGGCGGUGGCGGCGGCGGCGGGAACAAUGGCAAUAAUAACGGCAAUGGCAACUUCAAGAAGCGUUCCAAGAAGCGGCGCAAAUAAUUGGCGGUCUGGCGGAUGAUGCUGCUAGUGGCCACCGGUGGCGUGGUGGUGCUGAUCGCCGCAUCACUGCUGGUUCUGCUUGUGCUAUCGUAUCUGCUGCUUCUGCAGCUCUGCUACGCGCUAGUGUUAUAUUUAUUGUAUUAUUUCUAGGACGCGUGCGCUCUUUUUGGCCAAGAAGCGAGCAUGAGAAAAUAGGCAAACAAACAAAAAAUGAUCGUGUAGCGUUUAGUUUAGUUUAAUUUCAAAGUUUAUUUAAAGCAAAACAAACCAACAAACAAACAAAAAAGUACGCGGUUCUUUCCGUCUUUCGACGUCGGAUUUUAAUCUUUUUUUAGUGAUUUAUUGUUACUAUGGUUUCACAGAGAAAGGUAUUCAUUAUGCUUACGAGGGGACUCUUUUUUUUAAUCGGACAAGCGCUUCCGACAAGCAGGCGGUGGCUAGAGAGUGUCACACAAAACUGCACAGAAAAAAACGGCUCAAUCCUGCUACUACUGCUACUAUUGUACAUAUCUUAUGCAUGUUAAAACUCAGUUUAUGUUUUUAGUAGCCAUCAAAUUCAACUUUGAAAACGAAAAUAAACGCUGAAUUAUUUUCCACAGAAAUUAGGUUUAUUUCUGUGGAAGACUAGCCCACUGCUUGUCGGAUUUCGAGGAGGUUUUUUUUUAAUUCUAACAAGAAGUGAAAGCCAAGCAAGUGGCGAAGCAAAGGCAAACACAAAAAAAAGAUUUUUUUUUUUCACAACUGAACGAAAACUACUUCUGGUUGACAACUGAUUUUUGGUCAUGUUUCAAGUAUUUUUCUUAGCUAUAGAAUCGUUCAAAUCGUGUAGACUUUUGAGGGCAUUGUUAACAAACCAAUUCAUAAGCAGCGUUAGAAAGAAAAAAAAAGUUUCAUAAUCGCUUAUCCAUUUACGCGCUAUUUCUUUUUUCUUAACCAUGUUUUUGUCCUUUCGAAUUUUUCCUGAUCGUUGAAGUUAUGAGCUCAAACUGACUGAUUUAAGAAAAAAAAAAAUACUGGAGAAAACACGUUCGUGAAGAACAGGAGGAAAAUUAAGUACUAUAAACAUUUGCUGUGAGCUCACCCCGGGAACGAUUGUUAUUUUGGUUAACAUUUUUUUUCUGUACAGUUUCGUGAUCCAUUAGCGAAAAAUAGGAUACACACCAAUACACACACAGACACACGAAUAUAAACAGAUAGAAGAAAGUAAAUUCAUUACUGUUGUUAACGUUAACGAAACAAAAAAUCGCUGGUUGGUGGUGCCGCAAGCUUCCUGUUUCAAUUCGGUGUAGAGUAGAAACGCUUAGCAUCUUUCCGUUUUUGCUAGAUAGACACAAUUCACCCACAUUUGAAUCUAAUUUCUAAUCUGAUGUCCUAGUGAUUGUCCACCAAUCCUAUUUCUUCUUUACUUAAAAACCGCUACUGUACAAAACCGUCUGCGUCUCAAGACUAACGAUUCAAUCAUAAUCAAUAGUGAUCGUUCUCAAAUCUCUAGCAAAAGAAGUUGUUAAUUUAAAACGAUAAAGUAAAGAAUAAAUAAAACCAUUAGUUAACCAACUUUAAUCCCCACGUCACCUGCCCCGAACAGGACACAGAAGCUAGAAGAUCUCCGAAGAGUUAUAUUUUAGCUUUUAACUUCAAAAAACCGGCGUAAACAGCAAGCUUAAUAUUGUUGCACUGAAAAAAACUGACCAGACACAGACACACCAAGAGUAAAAUACAAGCAUAAAUGCGAUACGUACGCUGUAACGCGUAAUAGUAAACGUAAAAGAGAAACAGACACACAUACUACACAGCUUAGUUGUUCGGAGCGAGGCAGAGAUAGUGUGAAAGAGAGAAAAAAAACGAGAGAUAGAGAGUGUGAAGAAAAAAACGAAAAGGCAGACUUCAUUCGUAGGCGAGAACAAAAAAAAAGAGCAAAAUUUAUGAACAAAGCAAAAUUUAAAAAAAAAGAAAUGUGAUUGUUUGUAUAUUUAUCGAAGAAAAACCGAAAGGAGAAAUUACAACAAAAAAAAAACGUAAUACGAGUAAGAGUAAAUUAAUUUAUGAUAGUGUAAGUUAAAGCAAAGACGGCGAAAAAAUUAGAAAAAAAUCAACAACUAAAGCAAAACAAAAAAAAGCAGACAAAAAGGAAAAAUAAAAAAAUGAAAAAUCACAAAAUCCAAAACCUGAA